GACCAGCAUCUGCUCGGGGGGAUCGAGCUCAGAAGGGGUGGAUGAGCGCCUUCAGAGGGUGGGGGUCACUGCCACAAAGAUCCCUGCAGACCUCCAGGAUGGAGCCGAGCGUCUGGGCGUGGAUCUGGCUGACCUGCUGCUGACUAAAGGAGCCAAAGAAAUCCUGACGGUGGCCCGGCAGCUCAAUGAUGCCAGAUAGUGGUUUUUGGUUCUCCCACAAGCCCUGUGAAUAUUUGGGGGGAGCUUCUUAACUGAGGCUUGUAGGGGACGGGUCUUCAGACCCCCUGGAUCCUGCUUCUCAUUUGGUUUCUGACUUUUUACCAAAAGCAGUGUUGACCCCCCCAUAUCUCUGUCCCCACUGAGAUUUUAACAUUGUAGAUGUAUGUGUAUGUGUGUGUGUGGUUUUUUUUGGGGGGGGUGUCUCUGUGAAUAAAAGAAGGAAAUCUA